AUGACAGGCGCAGCAGCAAUCGAGUGCCCCGCUGGCUACGAGGUCGUUGGGUCCAAGGGCAUCCACCGCUUGGCUGGUGGUUACCUCACGCACGACGGCGCGGUCACUUACUGCUACCAGAACUUCGGCAGGCUGCCCGUGCUGCCAGACUGCGCUUCCUUCACUGAUGUUGCUACUUAUUGUACCUCAUCAGACUACGUCAUUUACGCUGUGUGCUCAAGAACUCCAACGGAUGGUUUAUGUGCCACUCCGUACAUCUUGGUGGGCACACAAUGCAUUCACUUACUUCUGACCGAUUAUAGUAGCUGGAGCGAGGCGCGCACCUCGUGUGGAGUGACUGGAGGAGAUCUGGUAAUUCUAGAUGACUGCUACCAGUACAGCAAGGUUACCUCCUUCCUCAACGAUCAAGGCAACAGCCCUGAUGGAUAUUGGAUCGGUGGCUCCGAUAGGGCAUUGGAAGGGCAAUGGCGCUGGAUUGACGGUUCUACAAUGGCAAUGGGGCUACCAUACUGGGCAAAU